AUGGCAUCAAUCUACAAGUUACAAAGACACUGCAACGGCGCAAAGCCUAACCUGCAGAUCAUUCAGAGAACACAGCGAGAGAUGUCACCGGAAGUCGAAGAGGACGGGGUCGAAGCGGCGGUCUGCGAACAGCGGAGGUGCGCAGUCGGAGAGCAGGAGCAGCUCAGCGAUGAGGGCCUCGCGCGCGCGCAGAAACCUAGGAGCUCCGGGAAGUCGCCGGCGUCGGUGCCAGAGGCGGGCGGGCGGCUUGUGCCAGUCUCCGCCAUGGCUCUUGUGCCAGUCUCCUCCAUGGGUGGGCCUGUACCUGCAGCAAGAGAGCACUGCCGCGGACCUCCGUGGCCUAUCCCUCGAGCGCGAGGACGGCGGGAGAGAGGGAGCGGAAGCGGAAAUGCGGACCAGAGCGGCGGCGGCUGGGGUGAGACCGUGAAAAGUGAAUGGGUUAUGGUUACGAGGUUGACGCUGUCAUGUGGCAAGGAGAAGCUCGACGUCGCCGAGGUGAUUGGGCAGUGA